CUCUGCGCUUCAAAAGCACGGUCCACAGUGCGAAAGCUUCCUUUUUCUCCGCUUUCCUUCAGGAUGGCAUUCUUCAAAUAUCUUUGCUCUGUUAAGAAUGAGCUUAUCCUCUUCUCAGCUCCAUUUCUUCUUCUUCCACUGCCUUUAGUGAUCGGGACAUCGGAAGCAGAAUGUGCCUAUGUGAUAAUCCUGAUGGCGGUUUACUGGUGCACAGAGGUCCUACCACUGGCUGUAACCGCUUUGCUCCCAGCCAUCCUUUUCCCUGCGUUUGGCAUUAUGCAAUCCAAAGAUGUGUGUAUGCAGUACCUGAAGGACACAAACCUGUUAUUUGUGGGGGGACUGUUGGUUGCAGUAGCCGUGGAGCACUGGAAUUUGCACAAGCGCAUUGCCCUGAGGGUGCUGCUCAUUGUUGGUGUGCGUCCAGCGCUUUUGAUGUUGGGUUUCAUGGGUGUGACAGCCUUCUUGUCCAUGUGGAUCAGUAACACGGCUACCACAGCCAUGAUGGUGCCUAUUGUCCAAGCAGUGCUGCAGCAGCUCAACAACAGUGAGGAAGAGACGCCUCAGAUCCUCAGCUCAGAGGAGCAGGUGCAGACAUCAGAGACUGAGAGCAGGCAGACUUCACUGGCAGAGAAACAGAGUGAGGGACAAGGCCCUGUGGUGGUGACUUUCUUGGAUGUCACAGUGGAGGCUGCCAUGCAUAAGGACGCAGCGGAAAAGCAGAAAAUGUGUAAAGGGAUGACCCUGUGUGUUUGUUACGCUGCCAGCAUCGGGGGCACCGCCACACUGACAGGAACCGGUCCCAAUCUGGUGCUCAAGGGCCAGAUGAACCAACUCUUUCCUCAAAACGGAGAUGUGAUUAACUUUGCCUCCUGGUUCGGCUUCGCCUUCCCUAACAUGAUCCUCAUGCUCACACUGGCCUGGCUUUGGCUGCAGUUUGUCUUCAUGGGAUUCAACUUUAAGAAGACGUGGGGCUGUGGGGCUGUGAAGACAGAGAAGGAGAUUGCUGCCUAUAAUGUGAUCCGUGAGGAGCAUCGUCGGCUGGGGCCCAUGUCCUUUGGAGAGAUAAGUGUCCUGGGUCUCUUCACACUGCUGGUGGUCAUGUGGUUCACCAGAGAGCCAGGCUUUGUCGACGGCUGGGCGACAGAUAUCUUCAACUCCAAAGCAGAGUAUGUGACUGAUGCCACAGUGGCAAUCUUCAUUGCCGUCCUUCUCUUUGUUCUGCCCUCGAGACCCCCACGUUUUUGUUCAUGGAGGACUCAAAGUUUUGACACAGCACCACAUCAAAAUGUUGGCCCAACUCCACCUCUGCUCACCUGGAAAGUUGCCCAAAAGAAGUUACCAUGGGGCAUCGUGCUUCUUCUUGGCGGAGGUUUUGCUCUGGCGAAAGGUAGUGAAGAAUCAGGACUCUCAAAGUGGAUAGGAGAUCAAAUGACUCCCCUGCAAAACAUCCCUCCCUGGGCAAUUGCUAUCAUCUUGUGCCUGCUGAUUGCUACCUUCACGGAGUGCACUAGUAAUGUUGCCACUGCGACGCUGUUCCUACCUGUCUUAGCCUCAAUGUCUCAGUCCAUUGGAAUCAAUCCACUGUACGUCAUGGUGCCUUGUACUCUGAGUGCCUCUUUUGCCUUCAUGCUGCCUGUUGCAACGCCUCCAAACGCUAUAGUCUUCUCCUAUGGAUACCUCAAGGUUGCUGACAUGGCCAGGACAGGAAUAGUUAUGAACAUCAUUGGCAUCCUUUGUAUAACACUGGCAAUCAACAGCUGGGGCAAGGCCAUGUUUGAUCUGGACUCCUUCCCCGCCUGGGCCAACGUCACCGGGGUGUGAGCCUGGUUCUGCCAUUGGAGAUGAUCCACGUACACCCUGCCCUCCCUACACAGGUGCCAGACAAAGACCUCUGGUCAGAGCGACAGCACAGGACCUCAAGGUGGACCGCAUGCGUCGGAUACAACGCCCUCGAGGCAUGUUUUCAUUGACACCUGAGUUUUGCUUGUGAAAGAAAGUGGUCAUGAAUAUUAUUGGGAAUGGAAGAAGAGUGGUUGAAGAAUGAAAUUAAAAACAGUUUUUUAUUUACAUUGCAUCAUAAUGAAGGUACAUUUUAAGGAAAGACCCUUUACGCUCAUGAAACAGUAUCACACGAAUCCUAUACUGUCCCGAUAUUCUCAAAUCGAGCAGCCAAGAAAGGGCUAUACAUGAGUUCAAAGUUAUUCAAAAUGUUUUACAUAGUCACAUGUAGCCACAUCUAAACAACAAUAAGCCACACAGUAUAAUAUAAGAACGUAACUUUGCACAUUUACUCAAGUACAGCACUUAAGUGUAAUUAUGAGGUACUUGUAAUUUAUUUAAGGAUUUACUUUUUAUGCCGCUUCUGCUUUCACCUCACAUUUCAGAGGGAAAUAUUGUCAUCUUUUACUCCAUUACAUUUAUCUGACAGCUGUAUUUACUAGUAACUUUUCAUUUUAAGAUAAUAUUAAAUAUGAUUAUAGAUUAAUCACAUGGAAAUGAUCCCCAUCUCAACCAGAUGCAACAUUAAAAUUAUGCGUACAUGUUAAUACAUUAAUAAUCUAAUAACAUUUUGUAUAAUAUAGCACUGACGAGGGCAAUUCAGCUGCCUAAUGAGUACUUUAUAUUGAUACAUGUUUGUGUCAAAAUCUGUACUUUCACUUGAGUAAAAUAUUGAAUGCAAGACCUACUACUUACUAAGUAAGAUCAUUUAAAGACUUCUUCCCCUACUGCUAUCAAGCAAUGAAUGUUUUGCAAGCACAUCCCUUUAAAUAUAUUUACAGUAACAAAGGCUGUUGCUUAUGUUUGCCAUUUUGGUAUUUAUAGAUAAUGGGCUAAUAUGUACAGUAUAGUAGAGACUUAAAUCAACAUGUGCUGUUGACCCCUGCAUUGACCUAUAUAACAGGAUGUAUGGUGUUUUUUAUAGACUAGUUCCAGCAUCAGCUGAACUUUAACAUAUAUCAGCACUAAAAUGCAAGAAACCUAAAUGUUCCUUAUACAAACACACUGACUUUUUGUACUAUAAACACAUUUUCAUGUGCUGACAUUGUGAAAUGUCUCACUGCAAUAAUAAAUAAUGUCUGCAUUGCAAUAAAGUUGUAUUUUGGAACAAAUGUAUCUUUUAUUUUCUCUUCAAUUUCAAGACUUUUGUACCUGGGAAAUGAUGAAUAAAGUAUCUUCUCCGUCUAAGUGGCCAGUGGGCUAAAGUACAUGAUAUGUCAAUGGUCUGUGACAAACUAUGAAAAUAAUAAAUAAAUAAGACAUUUCAAUAUA